AUGCGCCGCCCCCCGCGCUUUCCCUCUCUUCCCGCGCACCUGGCUGCGGCGCGGGCCGGUUUCCUUAUUUUGCCCGGUCCUACCGGGCCCAGCUCCCGUGUCGCCGGGGUGAGGGCCUGUCGCCCGGCUUCGCGCCCGUGGCUUCCGCCCCGUGUCGGGGGUUCGCCUCCCCCUCGCCCCCCCCGGCCCCCGGGCCGGGCUUCCCUGGGGUCGUCCCCUCUGCUCGGCCCACCAGCGGCCGCCCCGCUAUUGCCCUUGGGUGCCCCCUGCCUGGCCUGCCUUUUUAUUCUUUCUCCGUUCCGGUAUUCUCUUUUUCCCUCUCGUCCACGACGGGCUGGCCCCGCCUCUUUGUGGUUUGCCUCCCCGUCCUCUCCCCCGCCCGGCUUGGGCCGCCUUCGCGCGCCCGUCCUCGUCUUCGUACGCCUCGCCCCUGGGUUCCUCGUCCUUCCUCUGUUUGCUCGCAGGUCAUUGUGGCUAUCGGGCGCCUCGCUGCCUGCCCUCUUUGCCUGCCCUAGUUGCGCUUCUGGCCUUUGCUCUUUCCCCCGGUGGCUCUCUGCCGGGUCUUGCGAGGUGCUUACCCCCUCUUGUCGCCCCGCCUGUGCUCCGCUGCGCUUCGCCCUGCCCAUCGCCACCCCAGCCCGGGCACCCGGGUCCCUCACUCCUCCCGUAAAAAAGUCCCCGCGCGCCUUCCCUUCUCCUGCACGACCUCCGCCUGCCUCCUCAUCCCCUCGGACAUUCGCCCCCCAGCCCCGUCCGUUCCCGCCCCCAGACCUGACACUGAACCCCUGCGCCCAUAGCGAGCCCCACGGGCGCUUCGCCCUCACCGCGUUCCCCUCCCGUUUCUCACCCCUGCCCCUCUGCGUCCGCCGACUUCCUUCGUCCCUCCCGCCUUCUUCGUCGUGA